AUGAAGUUCAUUGUUGUGCCGCGGUUUGACUGGGGCCCGGAGGUGAACCGCAACACCAGUCACUAUAUCCGUCCCGACGACAACACUACCCUGCUGCAGCCGGCGGGACACAGCGCCAGUGGCUGUCGGCCCUUCCUGCUGGUCGUCGUCUCGUCGGCCGUGAAAAACUUCCCGGCCCGGAACGCCAUCCGGCUGACGUGGGGAGCGCCGGCCAAUCUGCCCGCCGAUGUCGUCAUCCGCUUCCUGGUCGGCACGACGGCCAACGGCUCGCUGGUGGAGAACCUGAUUGCCGAGAGCGAGGUGCACGACGAUCUUGUGCAGCAGGACUUUGUCGACGUCUACAGUAACCUCACGCUCAAGACUGUCAUGAUGCUCAAGUGGGUCACCUCCAGCUGUCAGCCGAACUAUAUCCUGAAGGCAGACGAAGACAUGUACGUCAACAUCCCCCGGUUGCACGCGUACCUAAAGGCCGAGGGACGACCCGACCUCAUCACCGGCGCGCUCAUCUGUAACGCCGAGCCGAGGCUGGACAAGUAUUCGAAGUACUUCUCGCCGCGGUACAUGUUCGCCGCCCGCCGCUUCCCGGCGUACGUGUCGGGUACAGCGUACGUGCUGGGCAGCGAUUACGUGUUUCUCACCGGCAUCUGCGCCAGCAAGCUGGGCGUGCGGCCCACCGACCACGUGGGCUUCACCUUCUGGCGGCGCGCGAUGGAGCCGUGCGAGUUCAACGCCGUAAUGAUGGCGCACGAGCUGACGCCGGACGAGCUGCGUGCCAUGUGGCGGCGGCUGCAGGAGCCCGGUCUGGAGGCCGCAUGCGCAGCCGCCUCCCCACCGUACAAGCCGAGGAAGCUGGUCAAAUGCCGCCGGUGA